AUGACUUCCAGAAGGCCCAUGACUCGCUCUUAUUCUGGCAAUGGGAGGACAAGCAGCUUCAGUGAAGAGGAGGGCAACUCCUCCAAUGGCCGUUCAGAAAGCCGCAAUACUUACCUCUCAAAUGUUAGGCCUGAAAACAGGAGCACGUUGUGCAGCGUCAUGGCUCAGCUGACUGAGGACAUCCAGCCUUCCUUUGACACCACCUUGAAAUCAAAGGCAGUGUCAGAAAACUGUAAUGUGAAGUUUACCUGUGUGGUGUCAGGUUAUCCAGCUCCAGAACUGAAAUGGUACAAAGAUGACAUGGAAAUGGACCGAUAUUGUGGACUCCCAAAAUAUGAAAUUCGUCGUAAUGGAAAAACCCACACCCUCCAUAUUUACAACUGCACUUUGGAUGAUGCAGCCAUCUAUCAGGUCUCCGCCAGCAAUAGCAAAGGUAUUGUCUCCUGCUCAGGAGUUCUGGAGGUUGGCACCAUGAACGAGUACCAGAUCCACCAGAGGUUCUUUGCCAAGCUGAAGCAAAAAGCAGAGAAGAAGAAGAGUGAGUUGGAGACACAGACCAAGAAGGAGGAUAAAGAAAACAUUCAGAAAGAGAAACGGCAGAAUAGCCCAGAACGUCCUCAAAGGAAGCGGCACGCCCCACCACCAGAGGAGAAGCCAAUGGCCAAGAAGCCUGAAGCUGUGGAACAACUGGGAGCUGAUGCAGAACCUAAUGGAGUUAGCUCUGAAGUCAAGGAAAUAGCUCCUGUGGCAUCCAAAGACAGCGACCUGGACAAAGAGGUAUCUCCAUCUGAGAAAACCUUGACCAAAAAGAAAAUAAAGAUCUCAAAUGGUGUAGAUGCUGCAGUUAACGGCAGCAGCAGCGGUAGCAGAAGCCAUAUGAUGGGGAAUGGAGGUGAAAACUGUUAUGACGGAGGGAUCAGUCUGGCACAGUUUCUGGCAGAGACUCUCCAGUCCCAGGCUACUGAGGAGAAACAGAACUCACCUCGAGGGGAGAAACCUAAAGAAAUGGAUAUACCUAUUCAUGGAUCAGAAGUCAGACAUCACAGCAAAGCUCACAAGGAUCACGACCACCACAACAUCCAGGCUUCCAUCUCCUCUAUGCUCCACACAGUCAAAGACUUUCUCUUUGGUAAGAGUAAAAAGGACUCUCAUGAUCUCGUUGAGAGGACAGAGAGAGAGUUUGACCACUCGCCUGCAUCAAUGCAGCCUCCUCAACCAGAAACGCCACCAUCAUUUCGGCUCCAACCGGAGCAUAAUCGAGUGUGCAAGCCUCUAACUGAGGAUGUUGUGCCAAUGGAAAUUGAUAAACCAAGGGAGCCUUCACAAACUGUGGAUAUAGAACAGCAGCCAGUGUCAACGGAGCCGCAGGAACAUAAGCAUGAAGACAGUGUUCUACACACAGACCUUCUACCAGCUCAUAAACUGCCACCUGAGAACAUAGAGGAGUCCACAGGGCAGAGUGUCAAGGAGGCUGAUGGUGCUAUGGAGGCCACGGAGGUGUCUGUUGGGCCAGAGAGCAGCAGUCCAGGUGAAGAAAUGUCAUUGUCUUGGCUUCAAGUUCUCACUGAGGCUGAAGCUCAGGUAGUCUCAGUUAUCAAAGAGGUCCCUAUAUACCAGCAAGAGCUAGAUGGCCUGGUAGUUUCACCACAGCCCAGGAACCAGGCUGCAAGAGAUGAGUCUUCACCCAGGGAAGAUAUAUCUGUCGUGCCACAGACCCGAGCUGUUAAUGUAGAAGAAUCCUCCCCCACACCCACCCUCACUAGUGUGGAAGAAAGCUGGACUCCCCCUCACCGCAUUAUCUCAGUGUCAGGCAGCCACAGCCUUGGAGGAGCCCCCACUGAAACUUUGCGAGAGGAGGACAUGAGUGUUGAUGAGAUGGGCAGAGAAGGCGAACCUGACACAGACAUGGGCUGUUCUUCCAAUAAGUUACCUCUAAUACCAGAGGUUGGUGACAGCGUGCCAUCAUUCAGUAAAACAACAGAAGACAAUGUUGUCCCUGAAAUCUUGAAGGCAAAACCCCUUAAAGAGGCCAAGAUAGAGAAUUCUGUGUCUGUUGAGGACCUCCAAAGAAACAGACCAUCUGUGGAGAGACUCUGCUCUAAACCCCCAACACAUCCAUCACUGAGUCCAGCCAGUCUCCGCAAAUUCAUGUCCAAAGCUGCUCCAGACUCAGACAGCGAGGCUGUGCCGACCGUCCCUGUAAUCACUGUGGGUGACCGUCAGAGUGACAAGGCAGACGAUGAUCUGAGUGGAGGCUCAACGCCAACAUCGUCCCUCUCCUGUGAAAGCAGCCCCCGGCUGAAGCGCAGAGACAGCCUGUCACUCAUACGCUCUGCCACGCCCGAGGAGCUCGCCUCCGGGGCUCGUCGCAAAAUCUUCAUCCCCAAACCUAAAGAUGACGCAGAAGGAGCAGCUGUUGGUACGCUGGAUGCUCAGGGCAAGAAGGAGAGCCCCUACAUGUCACCUAGCCAGGCUCGCAGAUCAGUGUUACUACAGGCUCCCACGGGACAGAACACCCCGCCAAUGGAGAGGCGCUCUCCACUGCUGAGCCGCAGAAAGGUCACCUUGGAGGUGCCAAAAGUUGUGGAGGAGACUCCCACAGAAGAGCCAGUCAGCACUAAGCGAGAGGAGAAACCAGCUGAAAAGAAGCUAGAUCCUUUGAAAGCUCCACAGGUCAUCCGUAAGAUCAGGGGAGAGCCGUUCCCAGAUGCUUCCGGACACCUGAAGCUGUGGUGCCAGUUCUUCAACGUACUCAGUGACUCCACCAUUAAGUGGUACAGAGACGAGGAAGAGAUACUCGAGGUGAAGAGAAGUGGAGGAGAUGAAAGCCAAGUAGCUCUGGCUAUUGUUCUAGCAUCCAGCCAAGACUGUGGGGUAUAUGGCUGUUCGAUCAGUAAUGAAUAUGGGACUGACAUGACUGACUUCCUGCUCAGCGUAGACAUUCUAUCUGAGAUAUUACUAAGAGAUGAUUUGGAAGUUGGAGAGGAGAUCGAGAUGACCCCACUGCUGUUCACCAGAGGCCUGGCCGACUGCGGCAGCUGGGGUGACAAGUACUUUGGCCGCAUCAUGACUGAGACGGUGCACGCUGGGGACGGCUGCGCUCACAAAGCCAGCAGGGUGAAGGUCAUUUAUGGCCUGGAUCCCAUCUUUGAGUCUGGAAGCACCUGCAUCAUCAAAGUUCAAAACCCCAUCGCCUAUGGGACCAAACAGGAGAGCAAUCUCGCGGAGAGAAACGCAGCGAUUACUAAGCAAGAAUGCAAAGUCCAAAACAUGAUUCGAGAAUACUGUAAAAUCUUUGCUGCUGAAGCAAGAGUUAUUGAGAACUUUGGCUAUUCACUAGAAGUGAUUCCUCAGUAUCUGAUGUACCGGCCUGCAAACUCUGUGCCAUAUGCCACAGUGGAGGCUGAUCUCAAGGGUGUCUACCUCAAGUAUUGUAUGAUGGAUCCUAAAGGCAGGCUGAUUACACGCACCGUGUCUGAGGUGGAGCAGAAAUGCAGCACCUUCCAGCAUUGGAUCCAUCAGUGGACACACGGCAAUUUGCUGGUCACUCGGCUGGAGGGUGUUGAAACAAAGAUUACGAAUGUUAGAGUUGUGACCAAGUCAAAAGGAUACCAAGGACUAACAGAGCAUGGCUCUCCUGAAGUAUUUGAGCAGUUCCUGACACACCACCAGUGCAACUACUACUGUGGACUUCUUGGAUUGCACCCACUUAAGACUAUGGAUAGUCUUCAGCAGCCCACCAAGAUGAAGGGCUCCAGGAGCCCCCUGUUUAACCGCAAGUUGGGCUCUAGCAGCCCACAGCUGCAGCGGAAAGGACAAAGCCCUCAGAUGUUGAGAAAGGCAAAUUCUAGUCCAAAGGUCACUAGAAAAGAAAAAGAGGCAGAGGACAAUAAAUCAAGUGUCAAACCCAAGCCUGCAGAAACAGUUGACGUCCUUGAAAUGAGGUAG